AUGCUUCGACGCUUAUCAAGAAAAGGUUCAACAUCAACACAAGGAGGAAAGAAUGAUGCGCUGGUAAAAUUCCUUGAAUUCAUUGACUCAUCGAUAUGGGCCCUCCCGAUCGCGACUUUUAUUGAACAUCGUUCUGUAGCGUUCGAUCGGCAGCAAGCGGAUGUUUCGCUAUUUGAGAACAUUCACAAAGAAUUUCGAGAGUUGGUGGACACACUCGUCGAAUGCUUCUGUGCAGAUACAAACAUACCAUUGGAGCAGCUACGAGCAGAAUUGAAAUCUGCAAAAGCCGAUCAGCUGACACUCCAUCAAAAGACUAGCCUUGAACCAGUGGCAGCUGCACAAGACUUCAAUGUAUUCGUGCCUAUGAUGAUGAGAAAAAAUGUCGAACUGCAGCUGCAAGCCUUACAGAUGAUUGAGUUCAUGUGCGGUCUUAUCCCUUCCGUGCUUCAAAUCGAGGAAGGAGAAAGUUUCAAAAAUAAAGCUAAAAUAAUCUCACCUGAAGAGACUGAAAGAUAUGUGCUCAUAGCAGUAAUGAGACAGAGCAAAGAAGAAUUCGACAACCUUAGCCGACGUGAGAUGGAAGAGUUGGAAGAAGUGCUUCGUAGUAGCGAAGAAGAAAGGAGACGUCUUGAAGAAGAACGAGCGAGAGAGCAAGCAAUUAUGUCUAAAGCUCUGGCCAUAACUGAUGGGGCUCAAGCGUCAGACGGGCAAAAAAGGCCGGACGACACAGCAGUAUGUGCUACGGGAAUAGAGAUACAACAGCGUAGUGAACCCUCUGAAGAAGUUGAAAAAGCGAUCACCAAAGCAUCCCGCGACAUUUCUGAAGUAAAAAUCCAAAGAACACCAUCAGCCAAGAAAAAGCGUGGAAGUAUUAGCGAAAGGCCGCCCUCGCCAAAAAUCUCUGCGCCUGUAGAGAAGGAGCGAAACGAAAAUGCAGGGCCAAAAUCUCCUUCUGUUAAAACCGCUGAUGAAACGCAGAACGCCGAUAGACCGUCUACAAAAAAAGAGGGGCGUCCCCCGACUACAAAAAGGCCGAGUUCGAAAGAGAGGAGAGCUUCCUUAGGCGCAACCAAGGAAAGACGACCAUCUACUGAAGCAAGAAAGCGAAAAGACGAAUCUAAAACGGGGAAGAAGACAGCAAAUGGAGAGGAAGACGAGGGACUAUGGCAAGGGCCAAGAACGAAGAAUGUUUAUGAUGUUAACGCUCUCUUACAAGAACCAUCACGCUUGAAUUCUGCACAAUUGCGAAGCCGAGCGGAAUAUUUGCGAAUGCAAAGAGAUCGCCUCCUUGCCUUGAAAGCAUCGGAAAGAGAAAAACAGAUGAACGAGGUAAGCCAGCGAGCUGCCCAAGAACGACCACGAACUGCAAAAGCUGCUCGAGGUUUGAUGCGUGGAAGCCGGGGUGGAAUCGACCACGACGAUGUUUUGGCUGCUCGUCGUGAAAUUGUGGAGAAGCUGAAGACUGAGAUUGAUGGAAAAGCAGAUGAUGCAUAAGUGUGAUGAA